AUGGCUGCCUCCAUAUUGAACGUGUUGCUGAGGCGCCUUCCUGGCGUUUCGCCCUUCAGAGGUGCCUACGGAGUUCAGGUUCUCCUCCAGACUCUUUGCACCAAAGCUCCCCCUGAGGAUGAUUCUUUGCCCCAGGUUCCCAUUUCCCCUUAUAAAGAUGAACCCUGGAAAUAUCUGGACUCAGAAGAAUACCAGAACCGCUAUGGUUCUCGCCCUGUCUGGGCUGACUACCGUCGCAACCACAAAGGUGGAAUACCCCCACAGCGGACUCGAAAGAUGUGUAUUCGGGGAAAUAAAGUUGCUGGGAAUCCCUGCCCCAUCUGCCGGGAUCAGAAGUUGCACGUCGACUUUAGGAACGUGAAGCUCUUGGAGCAGUUUGUCUGCGCCCACACGGGUAUCAUCUUCCAUGCCCCGUACACAGGGGUCUGUAUGAAGCAACACAAGAAGUUGACCCAGGCCAUCCAGAAAGCCAGGGAUCAUGGUCUUCUCAGGUACCACAUUCCCCAGGUUGAACCCCGGGACCUUGACUUCAGUACCACUCAUGGAGCUGUGAGUUCUACUCCGCCAGCCCCCACUCUGGUUUCAGGUGACCCCUGGUACCCAUGGUACAGCUGGAAACAGCCACCAGAGAGAGAGCUGUCCCGCCUUCGCCGGCUCUAUCAGGGCCGUCUUCGAGAAGAAAGUGGCCCUCCACCUGAGUUAAUGCCCGAGGUGCCCCUUACAGCCCCAGCUGAAGCCUCCUCCACUGAGCCUGGGGCCCCGCAAAGUGCUCUGUAG